AUGGAUCGACCACCGUCGUUUCCUAACUACCUAAACCCUAAUCCAAAUUUCUUCCACCCUCCACCUCCGCCACCGAUUCGCGACCUCUCCGCUACACUCUCCUCUCUACAGUCUCUACUAUCGGAAUCCCAACGCACAUUAGCUUCCCUCUCGCAAAAUCUAUCUUCUCUUCUCCACAAGGACGGUUUCGUUCAAUGUCCUUUCGAUCCUAACCACCAAAUGCCACCGGAAGCUCUCUUCCUCCACUCACUCCAUUGCCAUAACCCCCUCGAUCUCACUCCCUUCCUUGAAUCAUUCAGUAGCUACAGAAACACGCUCGAAUUACCGAUAAAGCCAGAGCUGAAUAACGUCGAUGACCUCUGUUUCUCCUUAGAUGACGUCACAGACUUCGGGAACAACUUCUUCUACAACGAUUGCCCUGCCGUUGUUAACUUCUCUGAGUUUAACAGUAAAACGCGGCGUUUUACACUUCCUAGUGUUCUCCUUCUCUCUGUUGAAUGCAGCGAUGGAGAACAACAGAUUUGUGUAACUAACGACAAUAUGGAUUUCGGAUCUGGGAAGAUGAUAGAAAUUGGGCAUUAUCAAGGCACUGAAACUAUUAGAGGAAUAGAUUUUGACCUUUCGGAGGACAGGGGAGAACUAAUCAUUGACGAGCGAGCCUUUGAAGGGAUGUCUAGGCUCCAGUUCUUAAGAUUCCAGAAACGUGGUUUGUAUUACAACACCACAAUUCUCCUACCCCAGGGUCUGAAGUUUAGAGCUCGUAAACUUAGAUUUCUUGAAUGGGAUCAGUUUCCGCUGACAUGUUUUCCUCGUGAGUUUCAACCGCGACGUCUUGUCAAACUUAUGAUGGAGCACAGCAAGCUUGAAAAGCUGUGGGAAGGAACUAUUGCUUAA